CCCACCAGUGUAUCACAGACCGCCAGUACCACAAGCCUCUACAGCCCAACAUGCAACAGAACAUCAGAAAACAAGAGGAAGAAAAAGAGAGAAACAGAAAGAGACUAGAGCACAGAAAGAAAGAGGGACAGAGAAAGAGAGAAACAGAGAGAAGACGUGCAAGACUGACGGGCAACUGACGGGAUAUUGUAAGGGAGGUUUACAGGAAGGAGACGUCCUACUGCUCCACUAUGGAGGAUGCCAUCAGAAAGAAGGGAAUUCUCCAUCAGUACCAGCAACGCUUUGGAAAGAGGUGGAGGAAAGUGUGGGCAGUGGUGCUGGCGAACAGUGUGCACAGCGUGGCGAGGCUGGAGCUGUUCGACUACAGGCGCUCAUCCGUGCAGGAAGGCCGUGCGGGAAAGAAGGCUGACAGUAAGAAGGUUAUCCCCCUGCGCGACUGUAUCCAGAUACUGGAGCGGGAACGCCAGGACUGUCCAAAGGAGUGCACUUCCUUCCUGAUGGAGACCACAGACAGACUCUACAUCUUCGCUGUCCAGAGAGAGGAGCUUCAAAGCUGGAUCCAAGAACUGUGCAGAUUAGCUUUCCCACUGAACCAGGCUGAGAGCAGAUUAGUGAGGCAGGACAGUGAUCCCCUGAGAGAUCACUUACCUGUGGACAUGAAGGAGAACUCUCUCUACGAGACUGCAGCCUGCACACAAGACUUCCAGGUCAUUGCAGUAAACUCAGAGGCAGCGGCGCAGUGUAACCUCCAUGGAAACUACAUUCUGACCCCCCAGCGUGACUGCCUUGUCCUGAAGGACCCCAAAACCAAGCAGGUCAUCCUUUCUUGGCCGUAUUGUUUCAUCAGGAAGUUUGGACAAGACAUGCUGUCGUUCUCCUUCGAGGCCGGACGCAGAUGUGAGUCUGGGGAGGGCUGCUUCGAGUUCACCACCAGCCACGGCAACCGUCUCUUCUCCAGCAUUGAGGAUGCCAUCAAGAACCUUCCGAAUCUGCAACAGCCAGGGACCAAACAUGCCAGCACCAAGAAACACCAAGAAAAAAAAGACAAGCCCAUUACCCAGAAUUCCCAGGAGAGGGCAGCCACACGUGAGUACAGCACAGUACACCAUGUGCCCCUCUCAGCAGCAGAAAGUUCUGAGAAGAGCCAGCUGGACAGCAUGUUCAAGAGUCUGUCCCUCGGUUCCUCUGAGCCCUCUCCCAAAAGCCAUGCGCAGAGAUCGAGAUCUGACCCUCCUUCCCAGUCUGGGGUGCAGGAUUCAGUCUAUGCCAUGGUCAGCAAACCCCAGCCCAGCAUUCCAGCUGAACGCAAGCCCAACAGCCAAGGACUGAAGGACCGUGGCCUGUGGACAGACCCUGUGGUUCUCCCAGACUACCCCCUUCCUGAGGAGACGAGUGGAAAAACGGAGUCCACGGACGGACUCACUGUGUGCGCUGCGACUGAGGACUACAGUGCCGAAGCCAUUUACGCCGAGCCAGAUGACUACGACUCCAGGCCCGCCUGGCAGUACAUGGCCAAUUAUCCAGUCCCGGAGGAGUUCUGGCAUGGCGACGAAGCCUGGGAUACUGGACAUAUGCAGGAAGAGUUCCAUAUGCCGGCUCCCUCCACCAGCGCAGAUGAGGACGUGCUCACCUACGACAACGUCAGUAUAAGGAAAAGGUUAUAACACACCAACAGCUCCAUGACCAAGUACAAAUACACCAGCCCUUUACUGGUAUAGAAGAAUGUUAAAUGGGACUUCAAACUUAAGGCUCAAGCAGUAGAUGCAUUCAGAUGGUCAGAUGUACAGGUAUCUGUAGAAGUCUGUGUGUAUAUAUAUAUGUGCUA